AUGUCUUCAGACGAAAUCGUCUGGCAAGUCAUAAACCAGCAGUUCUGCUCGUUCAAACUCAAAACUACGAAAGAGAAGACCUUCUGCCGCAACGAGUACAACGUCACUGGACUCUGCAACCGGCAAUCCUGCCCCCUCGCCAACAGCCGCUAUGCCACCGUCCGCGCCCACCCCGGGUCGGGCACGCUCUACCUGUACAUGAAGACGAUCGAGCGGGCCCACACGCCUGCUAAGCUGUGGGAGCGGAUCAAGCUGUCGCAGAACUAUGCCAAAGCGCUAGAGCAGGUCGAUGAGCGCCUGAUAUACUGGCCGAAGUUCCUGGUGCACAAAUGCAAGCAGCGAUUGACGCGGUUGACACAGGUCGCGAUCAGGAUGAGGCGGCUGGCGAGAGAGGAUGAGAGGCUGGGUGAGAAGCUGGUGCCGCGGUUGGCGCCGAAGGUGAAGAGGAGGGAGGAGACGAGAGAGAGGAAGGCAGAGGCGGCGGCCAAGGUGGAGCGAGCUAUUGAGAGAGAGUUGAUUGAGAGAUUGAGAAGUGGCGCGUAUGGCGACCAGCCAUUGAACGUCAGCGAGCAGAUCUGGAAGAAGGUGCUGAAGGGAUUGGAGAGGGGUGGCGAGGGGACCAGAGAUGAGGACUUGGACGAGGGGAUUGAAGAGGAGUUGGAGAAUGAAGAGGAAUUCGAAGAUGAAGAAGGGGUUGGAGAGGUGGAGUAUGUCAGUGAUCUGGAUGAGGAGGAAGAAGAUUUGCAUGAUAUAGAGGAUUGGCUUGGAAGUGAAGAAGAGGAGGAGACUGGUGAUGAGGAAGACAGCGACAGCGAGAGUGACAGCAGUGAAGACGAGUCGAAGGAUACUGCGGGCGCAAAGAGGAAGAGAGCACCGGUGUCGAAGAAGCCCAAGCCGAAGCACCCAAGAAUGGAGAUCGAGUACGAGGAGGAG